AUGUCGAACUCUGGACGUGUUUUGCUAGCGUACUCCGGUGGUCUUGAUACAUCGACUAUUCUCUCGUGGCUUAUUGAUGAAGGAUAUGACGUGAUUGCGUAUAUGGCCGACGUCGGCCAGGAAGAAGACUUCGAGGCUGUCCGUGCCAAGGCGCUGAAGUGCGGCGCUAAAGAUUUUAUUUUGGAUGACAUGCGCCGUGAAUUUGUGGAAGAGCUGAUCUACCCUGCGGUGCAAGCGAACGCAAUUUACGAGGAUGUCUACCUUUUGGGAACUUCGCUUGCGCGCCCUGUUAUUGCGCGCGGUAUGAUUGAGACCGCGGAAAAGACAGGCUGUGAGUACGUGUCUCAUGGCUGUACCGGCAAGGGCAAUGACCAAGUCCGCUUCGAGCUCGCUUUUUACGGAUUGAAACCCGAUAUCAAGGUCAUUGCGCCAUGGCGCAUCGCCAAAUUUUACGAACGCUUUGCGGGACGCAGUGCACUUUUGGAGUACGCAGAAUCGAAAGGUAUUCCUGUGACGCAGACCAAGGCCAAGCCCUGGUCGACCGAUGAGAACCUGUUCCACAUUUCGUACGAGGCUGGUAUCUUGGAAGACCCCAACACGACGCCUCCUGAUGACAUGUGGAAGCUCACGCAAUCGCCCGAGAAUGCGCCGAGUGAGCCCGAGCGGAUCACAAUCGAAUUUAAGGAGGGCAUCCCGGCCAAAGUCAGCGUGCCUGCCUCUGGCAAGACGCAUACCGACUCAGUCGACAUUUUCUUGACCCUCAAUGCUCUUGCCCGCAAGCACGGUAUUGGCCGUGUCGACAUUGUAGAGAAUCGCUUCAUCGGUGUCAAGUCUCGUGGCUGCUACGAGUCUCCUGGCGCCACGAUCCUCCGCACUGCGCAUAUCGACCUUGAGGGUCUUACGCUUGACCGCGAAGUGCGCCGCGUUCGUGACCAGCUCAUCACCACCAAGCUGUCCGAGAUCCUCUACUAUGGAUUCUUUUUCAGCCCCGAGAGCAAGUUUGUCCGUGGCUGCAUUCCCGCGAGUCAGAGCACGGUGAAUGGUGAAGUAAAGCUGAAGCUAUACAGGGGCAACGUCGUUGUCGAGGGCCGCAGCUCCGAAGAAAUGCUUUACGAUGCGCAAUUCUCUUCGAUGGAUGAAAUGGGUGGCUUUGAGCCUGAGAAUGCGUCAGGCUUCAUUGCCGUGCAGGCUAUUCGUCUGCGUCGCUACGGUCUUGGCCAGGCUAAGAAAGGCAAGGCCGGCGCGGACAUUAAAACUGCGUACCAGCUCUGA